GUGGCUUUGCAAAGAACAGCUAUGCACAGGGUGACCGGUGAGACCAGAAGUGUGUGCUCAAACGGUGCAGAGCAUCUGACUUUUGGGAUCGUCAGUUCAGGUGGAGAAGCGUCUGCGUGAGCUGCCGGGAUGUAAAUGCUGCAAGCGGGUGACCAUGCAUGAGUGAAUAGAUUCCAGUUUCAGGUGGGGGGGGAGAGGCAGGGUCCCGCUCAAAGCGCGCCUCGGUGAUGGAUGCUCCUCUUGUGCUCUAUUUUGAGCGUUCAUUUGAGAGGGAGUAAAGGAGCAUUGAGCAUCCAGCUCCCCUCUCCCCACCCCCACCCGCUCUCUCCCCCUCCUCCGCUUGUUACUGCCGACUCUCCGCUCACAGCCGAGAGAAGGGCAAUGGCAGAAGCGUCCCACGGAACGAGCUGAUCGCAGGAGGAGAGGGUGGCCGGCCGACUAAACUUCGGCCCGGUGACCUGCUGCAGUUUCACGGUGGGAAUGAUGAGUGUGGACGAUUGCUGCCUUUCCUCUCCGCCCUGUUCCAGAAUCUUUACAGUGGUCCGAGAUCCUCUCGGCUGAUCUGAACGCUCGGGGGUCGGAUGUCGCUGGGUCGACAUCGAUCCACACCUGAUCGCAGUCUCUCCUUCCUCCAAGUUAUCUGAAAAGGCAGCCCGUAGCCAAGGAAGCCUCAGUCCAUGUACUCCUGAUGCUGGAACAAGGCUGAUAUCCCCCGUUUACUCAGCCUGGGACUUACACUGAAGCAAGCAUCCGGCUGCAAGAUAGAGACAUUCUUCUUCAAGACCCCCUGGAUUGGAGCAUCGCUUGGCUCCGGCCCAUGUGAGAGAUGAAUACCUAUGGAUCUCCCUACAUGUACAUGGCCGGCCCGGUGUCCCAGCCCCGGCCCCCUCUACAAAGGACCCCCAAGUGCGCCCGCUGCCGGAACCACGGCGUCCUAUCCUGGCUGAAGGGACACAAGCGCUACUGUCGCUUCAAGGACUGUACCUGCGAGAAAUGCAUCUUGAUCAUCGAGAGGCAGCGGGUGAUGGCGGCACAGGUGGCCCUCCGGCGGCAGCAGGCCAACGAGUGCAUCGGCAGCCUCAUUCCGGACAGUAUCCGAGCGGUGCAGGGCAUGGCUGGGGCUCCUGGCACGGCCGUGCCUCGGCACGCAGCGACCAAAAACGCCGAGAGCGCACUGCGCUGGGACCCCGAGCAGUCUCACUGUCUCCCGGAGCCCAGGGCCGACGUGAGUGACGAACGAUUAGACGAGCAGAUUAGAGACGACAUCUCGGAAACAUACAAUGACAAAGGUUCAGGACAGACAAACUCACCAGAUAUGGUCAAAGACAAGAGCUGCUACACGGCUGACAGCCCCGAAAUGCCAGUGGCCGAUGAAGAGCGGUUACCCGUGGAGAAGGGUAGCAGCACCCAGGAAACAGCACCUGAAAGUUCCAAAUUUAAUCUGGAUCAGAAUCAGAUGUUGAUGGAGGGACUAUCUGGAGCCAUGUCAGUUCCAUUUUCUCUAAAAGGUAACAGACCUCCUAUAGAAGUGCUGAAGAAGAUCUUCCCGAAUCACAAACCUACAGUUCUGGAGCUGAUUUUGAAAGGGUGUGGAGGUGACCUUGUUGGUGCCAUUGAAAUUCUUCUGUCCAGUCGCUCUGAUCGAUCUUCAGAAGCCCCUGAUGUCCUGAGUGUAUCAUCCAAUGGACAGACAUUUUUUGAACAUGCUUUUGGGUCCUAUCCUGUUGCCUCCUCCAAAUGGUCUGUUGGGUCAGCCUUCAGGGUCCCUGAUUCCUUGAGGUUCUCUAAUGAUCCUGGUAACGUCAUGUCAAACCCACUGGCCAUGCCACUGCAGCACCAAUUUCCUCAACCUCCUCGUUACCCACUGGUUCUGCGGAACACCCUGAGCAGAAACCAGGCAAACCCAUUUAUUUCAAACGACGUUGCCCUGUGGAACACCAUGACUCUUCAGCAGCAAUACCAGCUCAGAUCCCAGUAUCUCACCCCUUUCCCAAAUGCUUCAGCUGGCAUCUUUCGCAGCUCACCAGUCCUUCCGUCUCACCCUGCCAACGAUCCCAGGCUUGCACUUGCCGAUGAAGGCUGUGCAAUGGUGACCAAGCAACCCAUUUACACAGAGGAGGACUAUGAUGAGAGAUCGGAUUCUGCAGACUCUAGAAUAUUGAACUCAUCUUCUUAAAUGAUAUGCAUCUGAUGCUCACCAAAUAGAAUAAUAAAAGGAAAAUACUUGAAUAUAGGUAUUGAAGACUGAGUAGAUUCUAUAUCCAUGACUUAAUAUCCCGAUCAGGAAUAGCCAAAGGAUUAUAAAACAUAGUUAUUCAGUUAAUAUGUCAUACUUAGAUGUGUUAGUUGAAGAAUAUGUAUAACUGGUAGCUAUACUUUCUAAUGCAUGUUAUAUGCUGUGACCAUGACUGCUAACAAUUUAAAAAAAAGUAGACACUUGAACAAGUACCUGUAGCACGCCCAGAAUUUCAAGUGCAAAUAAAUGAAAAUUAUGUGGACAUAUGUUGUACAAAACGUCAUUCACACAAACUGAUGGAUUUCAUUGUUACAUUUAACACAAUUCAGGUACUUACUUUAAGGUGUGUAAUUGCUCUCAUUUAACUCUCAAUUAAAUUAAGAAUAAAGAAAAUUUCAAGAUAGCUGUGAUUAUGAGGAAGUGGAUUUGCCUUCAUCAUGCUAAUCGCAUUCAAUUGAAUGUAUAUGUUAAGUUUAUGGAUACAGAUUGGAAGGCACUUUGGCCAUUUGGAAAUGCCUAAAUUACUCUCCAAUAUUUUCUGAAUUCCCUGAAGCAAAAAAAGUUUUGGGAUUCAAAUCAAAAUUAUUUUGACAAUUUCAGUUUUAUAGGAACUCAUUAUAUUUUGGAGGCUUUAAACAUCGGGAAAGUAAUAGUUCCAAAAAAGUAAAAUAGAUUCAGAUGUGCAAGAUUAUGAUGGCAGAAUUAAACUCUAAAUCAAUAGCAGUUAAUGCUUUCCUCAGCUGAAAGGCCAACACAGACUACAAGGUUUUAAUGUGGGGUCUUGGUACAAAACGCGAUCAUCCUUUUGCCUCCAGAGGCGCUGCUCAAAAAUCUCCUAAAUUCCUCCAGCAGUUUCUAUCUUGCUCCUGAUAUCAGCAUCUGCAGUUGCUUGUGUGUACAGAUUGCAAUGAAUAGGGAGGAAGUCAUAUAGAUGUUUUCUAGGUUGCCAUUUGCAUGGCAGUUUCCUUUUUUAAAUUCACAUACUUUUCAAUUAGGACAGGACAUAGUACAAAAAAACUAAAUAGAAAAUAUAAACAUUCAUCAGCCAUGCAUGCAGACAGAGGAAUACUGCGACAUUUAUUUUAGCAUAACAGAGAAUACGGCAUCCUGGUAGAUGAAGUAAGGUGGCUACCAUGAAUAAAUGUCAGAUUCAUGAAGAGAUCAGAGAGCACUGAAAGCACUGGCAGGUCAGGCUGCAUCUUCGGAGAGAAAGACAAGCAGAGUUAAUGGGGGUCAUUUUAACCCGGGGGUCCGGCAUGGACGUAUGCUGCAGAAGAAUGUUAACAUUAAAAAAAAUGUUAAACCCAUUCAGCUGCCUUGAACCCAUCCACCUCGACUUAGAGUGGGGGAGUCCAGAGGAUA